AUGUAUUUCUUCAUUGGGAACUUGUCCUUCCUGGAGAUUUGCUACAGCUCAGUCACCCUGCCCAAGAUGAUGGCCAUCUCCCUCACUGGGAAUAGCACCAUCUCCUUCACAGGUUGUGCAGCUCAGAUGUAUUUUUUCCUUCUCCUGGGCUCUGCUGAGUGCUAUCUCCUGGCUGCCAUGGCCUAUGACCGCUAUGUGGCCAUAUGCCACCCUCUGCGCUACGUGGCCAUCAUGGAGAGGAGGCCUUGUGUCUGGCUUGUGGCCGGCUCCUGGCUGAGCGGGAUUCCCGUCUCCUUCAUCCAAACCACCUUGGUCUUCACCUCCCCAUUCUGUGGCCCCAACAAAAUCAACCAUUUCUUCUGUGACGUGGCGCCGGUGCUGCAGCUGGUCUGCGCCGACACAUCCCGCAACGAGAUGUCUAACAUCACGGUCACCGUGGUCUUCCUCGCCAUCCCCUUCACCCUCAUCCUCAUCUCCUACACCCGCAUCAUCGCCACUGUCCUGAAAAUGUCCUCCCCGGGGAGCAGGCACAGAGCCUUCUCCACAUGCUCCUCGCACCUGGUGGUUGUGACUCUCUUUUACGGUUCUGGCAUGGUCAUGUAUCUGCGUACCAGAUCCAGCCACACGACAGAGAAUGACAAGCUGCUGUCCCUCUUCUAUACCGUGGUCACCCCCAUGCUGAACCCCGUCAUCUACAGCCUGAGGAACGAGGAGGUGAAGGGGGCACUGCGGAGGAGGGUGGCUGGGAAGAGGUUGUCCCCAUUACAAUAA